GAGGGGGAGACCAUGGUUCAGUAUCUCCAGAGGGUGGAUGAGAAUGUGAGGGCUUUGGAGGAGCUGGAUUACACGGUAGAUGAGAAGGAGAUCAUCUAUACUGCACUCCAAGGGUUGGAUCAAGCGGCUAAUGAGGCAUUACUACAGUACCUUCACCUCGAGCAACAGAAAUGGACCAAGGUGUGGAUUUGGGAGGUUCUAAUUUCUGAUGAGGCUCGCAAGGUUGAUGCUGGAAGAGGCCUAGAAGGAGGCAUGGGUGCAGCAGAUAAAGCUUCCUUCAGGAAAGGCUAUCAACAGCAAGGAGGUGGGGGGAAGAAGAAAGAGUUGGACAAAUGACUUCAAAGGAGGAAGCUAGAUCCUAAGGCACAGUGGGGGAUCUUCCUUGGGGUUUCUGAGAGGAGCAAGGCUUGGGUGCUAUGGAGUGUAGCUGACCAGCGUGUGAUGGAGAGCCGUGAUGUGAUUUUCCAUGAGGGGCUGAAUUAUAAGGGGUGGAAGGAGCGUGGUGCAAGCCAUAGUGGGACUUCCAUUCAAGACCCUCAUACGGCCUCUAUCUUUGAGGGGGCA